AUGAGACUUAUCACCUUAGGAUUCAUCUUCCUGUCGACCUCCCUGCAUUACUCUCACGUGUUUGCCCUUAAUACCAAUCGAAAUUUGAACAUUAAGCCGACCAGUCAUAAGUCAAGCAAAAAUGAUAAGGCAAACGGAGCGGACAACAUAACGAACAAAGGAGAUUCCAACGAUGCAACCACCGGAGCAACAGGCGCUUCAAAUGGCAGUUCGAAUGGCAAAGAAGGUACAGCGACCACCUCUGCUACCUCGGGACAGGGAUCCCCAGGUACACCUGGAGGAACGAUGACUCCAGGAAUGAACCCAAGUUUAGAGGAAAUGAUGAAACCACUAAAUGAAAUUUUUGCAGGAAAUGGAGAAGGAUUAAACAUAGAAAAUAUUAUGAACAGUGAAUCGUUCCAAAACUUCUUCAAUUCUCUCAUGGGAGGUAAUCCACAAGAUGGUUCCAGCAAUGGCCAGGAGAAUUUAUUUAAAGAUAUGAUGAGCGCCAUUAAUUCCCAAUUAGCAGGUGCCACCGGAGGAGCAGCUGGUGCGGACGCGAACAAUGGUAACAACGGACCGAACAUCCCUGUGAGCCCAGAACAGUUGAACAAAAUAAACGAAUUGAAAGACAAACUAGAAAAUGUCCUAAAGAAAUCAGGCAUAGAUGUAGAGCAGCUGAAGAAAAGCAUGGAAAAUGAGAAUUUCAUGCAAAAUAAAGAUGGCUUUAAGGAUUUCUUGGCCAAUAUGCCCAUGAACCCAGCUAUGAUGCAGAACAUAAUGGGAGGCAAGGAUGGAAAUAUAUUCAACAUGGAUUCGAACCAAAUGAUGGAUAUGUUCAACCAGUUCAGUCAGGGUAAUAUGAAUAUGAAGGACUUUGGAAUGGGUGACUUCAUGAGCAACGGAGGGUUUCCUGCUGGUAUGAUGACCCCUCCAGUUGGCUCCCAAGACAAGGGUGCUGAAGAUAACCUUAUGGGGGGAAAGGCCUACGUAUCUAACUCAAACAAUAACGAUAUAAACUUUGCAGACAAAUUAAAUGCAUUUGAGGAUAUCAACGGAUCAGAUGAAAGAAUGUUCGAUCUUUAUGAAACGAAUGAUGAAGAUGGGGUUACCAGUAACAGCAUGAGCGACUCCGUAGAGGAAAGUGACAUCUUGGAAGUGAACGGAACGAACGUGAACAGAAAUUUGUCUGAUGAAAAUUCCGUAGAAGAAGAUUUAGAUGAAUUAGAUGCAAACUUCGGUUCCAAUUCCAGCGCUACUGUGUCGAAUGAAAGCAGUCAAAAUAAUAGAAUCACGGACGAGGUAGAAUCCAAUGAAGAAGAAUUAAUUACAUCCUCUGGAAUUAAGGGAGAUGCAAAUAAAGUGACAACCACCAAUGGGUAUAAGAAUAAUAAUGGCCUCUUCGACAUGAACAAUUUGAAGAAAGACAACAAUGCCUCCUCCACGUAUGGAAAUGACAAUGUAGGAGAUAAUUCAAAUGGAGGAAAUAUAAAUGAAGGAAAUAACAACAAAGUGAUGAAGAAACGUACUGGAGGAAAGAAAAAGAAAACUAUAAAGAAAAAGAACCCAGGACAAAUUCCAUUCAAAAUAGAAUCCCUGCAAAAGUUAGUAAAAGAAUUUGCCAACACGUCUAACCAGAAAAUUAUGGAAGAUAUUGUAAAAAAAUACGUCUCCAUGAAUAAUCAAAGCAGUACAAGCAACAGCGAUGAUGAUGAUGAGGAUGAAGAUAUGGAAGAUGAAAAAAACGGUAAGGGAAAAAGUUCCGAAAACGAGGAAGAACUGAGCAUGGACGAAUUCAGUGUUAAAGACAUUAAAAAGCUAAUAUCCGAAGGUGUUUUAACAUAUGAAGAUUUAACAGAGGAUGAAUUAAAAAAACUAGCCAAACCAGAUGAUAUGUUCUACGAAUUAUCUCCUUACGCAAAUGAAGAGAGGGACCUUUCGUUAAAUGAAACUUCUGGUGUAUCGAACGAACAACUUAAUGCUUUUUUGAGAAAAAAUGGAUCCUACCAUAUGAGUUACGAUUCUAAAGCGAUCGAUUACUUGAAGCAGAAAAAGGCAGAGAAGAAGGAAGAGGAACAAGAGGAUGAUAAUUUCUACGAUGCGUAUAAACAAAUUAAAAACUCCUAUGAAGGAAUUCCAUCCAACUAUUACCAUGAUGCCCCUCAACUCAUUGGAGAUAAUUAUGUGUUCACAUCUGUGUAUGACAAGAAGAAAGAGUUGAUUGAUUUCCUCAAACGCACCCAUGGUGUUACCGACGAAAGUGACAGCACCAGUGGAAAGGACAAGGACAAUUCCGCCGAAAAUGGGGCAUACAAAUCCAAGUAUUACGAUAAGUACAUGAAAAAAUUAAGUGAGUACAGAAGAAGGGAAGCUUAUAAAAUUUUGAAAAAAAGAAGAGCACAGGAAAAGAAAUUACAGAAAAAACAAGAAAUGCAAAAUAAUAACAAUAACGAAGUGGACUAUUCAGAAUAUUUUAAAAAAAAUGGUUUUAUAAACAGCAGCAAUGGAACAGUAAAAACAUUCUCCAAAGAUCAACUGGACAAUAUGGUGAAGCAAUUUAAUAACGGCGGAAGCGAAAUUUUCAGUAGCGGUGGUUCUGGUGCAGACGUGGGUGGUGACUACUCCGGUAUGGGCGCAGGUGGUCAGUUCUCACCUUCCAGCGGAAAUAGUAACACCACGGGAUACGUAACCUUUGAUGGACAGAGCGUGGUCGGAUCAAAUGAAAAUGAAGAGGAAGAGUCCAAUGAGGAUAUACUGAAUGAGGAUGAGGAUAACUCAGAGGACGAUGACUGA